CUGUUUCGUUUUUUUUUACAGACUCUUUGCUUUGAGUAUUGUGUAAUGAUACUGUGAUUGUGAGUUUAAAAUCCAAUUUUACUUCAAUACACCCUCAAUUGUAAUCAAAAGUGUAAAAUUAUUAAUUUGUUGUGUUUAUAUAACUUUAACAACGAUGUCUUUCAUGGAUUUUGUUCUUUAACGAUACGAUUUGUGUUUGUGAAAAUUUGUGGGACAACAAGUGUAGUGACGCGCUAUUGUAGACAGAGGGCUCAGCGAGCUAAAAAUACACUGAUACGAAUUCUAAUAGAAAUUAGAAAAUCUUCACUUCUUCUCUUAUUUGUGAUGUUCCCGCAUCCCAUCAGCGCGGAAGAACAGAAGUCGAAUUUAAUUCCGAGUGUGAAUCUUCUCCAUUCAAAAAGAAAAGGAAUAUUCAUACACCCCUCUGCUAUGUACAGAAGUAAUGCACCGUGCUGCAAAUAUACAAGCACAGCAUUUAUAACGAGAAGUUUUAGAGGGUAAAGUACAACUCAAAAUACUGAAGAUGAAACUUUUGGAAAGCGGUCGCUUGGAAGCGCUUAGCCGCGCACUUUCGAUCUUGAACGGCGACAGCGCCGUGCAGGGUCGUGUCGAAAGUUACAGCUGUAAGAUGGCGGGAACCGAGAAAGCGUUCUACAAGCGUUUUACUGCUGAUGGGGAGACCACCCAUAACCUGCAGGCCCUGUCACCUCCGGAGGGGGUUACAUACAGUCGCAGCCUGUCGGGAGAUGAGGAUGGUGUUCUCUGUGACACAAUAUCUCGGAAGACAUUGUUCUAUCUGAUUGCAACAUUGAAUGCGGCAUUCCCUGAUUAUGAUUUUUCAAUGGCAAAGAGCAGCGAGUUCAGUGCGGAGCCGUCGGUGACUUGGGCGCAGGGUGCGGUGGACGCUGCACUCUCAGCAGUGGGCGGCGCGCGCUGGCGGCAGCUGCGACCGGCGCUAUGGGCUGCUAUAGAUGACGAGGUGGCGCUCGCUGAUUGCCGCAUCUAUAGCUAUGGACCAGACCUUGCUAGUGACCCGUUCGGAGAGCCUGGCUGCCUCUGGACAUUCAACUACUUCUUCUACAACAAGAAGCUCAAACGGAUUGUCUUCUUUACAUGCAGAGCAAUGAGCCCUGUGUGCGCUGUUGACUCAGGCGUGGACUUUGCUAUGGACGAAGAUGAAGAAUAUAACUAAGUUAUCAUAACUUUAUCUGUACUGCACUUAUUUUUUCUUCUUUCAUCAUAUAUCUACAAUUAUAUAACUAAGAGCUAGUUAGCAGAACAUAGAAGAUAAUCUUUAUAGAGUUAGUUAUUGUAAUUUACCAAUCAACAUUGUUAAUAACAGAGGUGAUUUUGUGUCAAGUAGUUCACAAAUUUACAAACAGGAUUUAUUAUAAAAAUUAAUGUAAGGGUUCAAUUCAUAUUUAAACGAGUUGCAGGAAUACCUUUCUAUAUGUUUUUGUUAGUGACUAGUUAAUUGAAAUUUUGUGUAGUAUGUUUCAAUCACAAAUUUUUAAUAUUGGUGCUUGGUGUAGAGAUUAUAGAAUCUAUUUUAUUUGCGUCGUCUUUGUCUACUCAAGAAGAGUAACAGUCAUUAGAGGUUAUUAGAUAUUAACAAUUAUCAACAUUUUACUUUUGGAAGCAAAGGUACAUGUUUCUUUACCGCAGUGAGAAUCUUUCACAUUCUUAACACUUGUCAUGCCGAAUGCAUGUUCUUAAUUUUGAUCGAAAUUAAUAUUAAUGUAGUAAGUAAUUAAUACCAGAUAUUAAUUAUUUACGCAGUUGUUUCUUCAUUAGACUAAACAUUUGUUUACAAAUUUUUACUCAAAAUAAAUAGUACAUUAUCAAUUUUUGUUCAAUCUAAGGUAGAUUUAAGCAUUUCUCUUUGUAGUUUUAAGAAGUGAGAACUUAAGUUUUAAUAGUUUUUUAAGAAAAAAAUCACUUUGUGUCCAAAUGGCACAAGCAGAUUUUAAAUAGACUAUUUUGCACAAUUUUUGCAUAUAGCAUUGUCACACAAAAAAUAAUCCAUUCUCAAUAAAGGUAAGUGUUAAUAAAUGUUGUAAUUAUUAUAAGUUCUAACAACUAAAGAUUUAGAACUAAUGAUCGAUG